CUUUUAUAUGUUGAGACUUGUUUUCCCUGCAUGUCUUCCAAGCGUGGACGCAAGCGAAACGACAAUCUGCCUCCUAACCGAGCGCGAGACGUACAGCGAGCAUUUCGUGCUCGAAGAGCCGCACAUCUGCAGGCUCUCGAGCUGCGCGUUAACGAACUCGAGGAGGAGAACACCUGUCUCAGGGCUGCUCUCAACUUACCCCCAGCAAACCGUCCUCCGCUCGGCAAAGGUCCGACCGGUAAAGACAAGCCAAAGUCUCUCGACAAUGUUCCCGUGUCUCAGUCUCUCACAAAGAGCAGGGAUUCCUCGCCAAUAGGUGACUCGCCUUCGCCGCAGCGUUCAGAAUCCACGUCGCCCUCUCUCAUCGGUACCAACCUGCGUACGCCUCCUGUCAUGGAGGGCAGCCAGUGGAACGAUGGGUUCAUGAUGAAUGACCAGCAGCCCACUCAUCAUCCAUCUCAUAUCUCAUCGGCAACGCCAUCGGUAGCCUACAAUCUGCGGUCGAUGCCGUCCACCACACUACCCCAACAAAAGACGGCACAUCAAUUCACGUUCUCCGCCCCACCAUCCCGCCCACCCAUCGCAAGCAACGUCGCCGGAAACUCAGUUCCGUCGACUUACCAGCAUACCACAGACAGGCCAUUAGCCAGUGGUUACAACGACAUGAAUUAUCUGCUGUGCGACGUGCGGGAGAACGCACACUACUCAUACCAGUAUCAUACCUCCCCCUUUUCCAACGACAGUGCCCUUCCUACAGCAUCACAGCAGGUUCCUGUUCAUUCACAAACAUCGCCUACCGCUCCCCGCCCGUCAUUACCUCCUGCACUAUCAUUCCAGCCGCGUCGACCGCUCAACGAGCCGACUAGCUUUCGUACACAUGCUGGUGACAUUCACCUCCCAAGUCCCACUCCCCAUCAUUCAGCAACUCGACUGACGUCCCCACCUUCGCCUGUCCUCCACGACGUUCGCUCGCAUUAUGCUUCUCAUGGUAAACAGGUCAACGCACUGCCCUGACUCUGACCACAAUGCAAUCCUUUCCUCAUAUGUAUUCGUCGGUAUUUUAUAUAGGCUGUUUCUCUGGCUCGGACCUCCUAGUAUCUGCAGUGCUCUCGAUCACCUCGAACGACCUGAUCAACACCAUUGUAUCGCUAUCGCUCGCGGAUACGUUACUCUUUUUUUCUCCCUCGGUGCGGAAUGUUUUAUCCUAGAUACGCAUGCGGCAGUACUUCGUACACGUAGGCUUGCCAGCUAAUCUCGGCUUUUUCGAUAACAAUCUUGUAAGGGCCGACUCAAUGAAUCAUUAAAGUGCAUAGCC